UGUUCUUGUUUUGUUACGUCAUGAUGACCAACAUUGGUUAUGUAGACCGACUGAGAAUUGUAUCGUUUUUUGGUCGUUAAGCGCUUUUUAUAUUUUGCAGCUGUAAAGGUUUAGCAAUAAUCCGUAAGAUACAAUGCAUUACAGACUUCUUGGAUAUCGCGUAUUGAUCUUUGAAACGGCGCUGGUUUGUUUGGCAAGAGAUGCUCCCAGCGGAAUUCAGAGGAUCUAAGUACUCCGAAAGUUUCAACAGAUACAUAAAAGACAGAUUAUGGCAUCACCACAGAUGAAGGAGCGCCUAUCAGGUGUUGUGUUAAACACUGUAUCAAAAGGAGCAUCUCCAGAAUCAAAAUGCCCAAUAUGUCUGGAUCAUUUCAAAAACAUAUCAUAUCUUGAUGUGUGCUUGCAUAAGUUUUGCUUCUGCUGCAUCCAUGAGUGGUCAAAGAACAAAGCAGAAUGCCCUUUAUGCAAACAGCCAUUUAAUUCAAUUUAUCACACCAUUAAGUCCGAAGAUAACUACAAAAGGUUUGACCUGCGACCAACUGAAAAUGGCUCAUUUGGCAACAUGGCAGGGCAAAGAUUCAGGUAUCGCACCACGCUUACAGGCGACCGCAGACCAGCACCGAGGAGAACGUCUCCUCCUCCUGACCAUGGGGUCCUGUUUGAGGGCCUGAGAGGAUCUCUACCACAGCGGCACAACAGAGAUCUCCAUAGCAUGUUAAGGAGGUUGGCAGUGAGACAAAGAAGAGAGAGAGAAGGAAGGUCUGUGGGAAGUCUUCAGGAUCAAGAAGUGGUUAAAUUCAGACGGGCCUUGUACAGAAGAGGUGUGCGAGUCCAGAGAGUGCAGGAUGGUGGCCGCACCAGGGAAACUUCUGCAGAGUUUUUCAGAAGAAAUCCUGCUUGUCUUCACAGGCUUGUGCCUUGGUUGAGACGAGAGUUGACUGUUCUGUAUGGUACUCACGGUUCCCUUGUCAACAUAGUGCAGCACAUCAUCAUGACUCUGAUCACUCGAAGUAACUUGGACGACCAGGCUGUUGCACAUGAGCUUCGGCCCUUCUUGCUAUCCCAUACAGAGCACUUCCUACAUGAGUUUCUAAGUUUUGCUCAAUCCCCGUUCAACAUGGAGGCAUAUGAUCAGCGUGCCGUUUAUGACUUGCCACGGCCCUCCGGAGAGAGUAGCAGUUCAGAAACCUCUGUGAUCGCCAUCUCUGAGGAUGAAGGUGAUUCUUUAGUGUCAGGAUCCCAGGACUAUGCCACUCCUAGUGUGACCUUAAGCCAAACAGCAUGGGAUGAUGAGACCCCAGGGCCAUCCUACUCCUCAGAGCCAUCUCAGGUAUUACCUUUCCAUGUGAGGGACUCGGAUUCUGAUAGUAGCGUAGGGGAAGCAGUAGGGUCUGUUGCUGCUGUGCCACAUCAAGACUGUCCAGCAAAUACUGCCACUGUUGCAGUGGAGGAGGAGCGUUCCUCCGGCAGUGAUGAAGAUUGUGUUAUUGUCGGCUAUGUUAAGCCAGUGUCAGAAAGGACACCAGAACUGGUCCUGCUUUCUUCUGAUUCGGAACAAUCUGAGCAGAACGCAGAGCUCCGGAGCCCACGGGCACCCCAACACAUUCGUUUCUCUUCAGAGUCUGAUUUGUCUCCCAAUAACACUCAGAGACCCUUGAGGAGGCCAAGUAGAUGCUCUCGCUCAUCUGAGAACACCUCUAAAGAUAAAUAUGGCUCAAGGCAUCAUGAAAGGGAGUUGUCUGGAUCUAGAGACCGAUCCUCACGUAGCAGCAGGACACACUCCUCCUCUCGUAGCAGGAACCACCCAUCGUCUAAAGAGGGGAAGCAUAAACGGAGACGAGAAAAAGAGACAAGUCACCACACCUCAUCUUAUUGGCAUUCAUACAGCCAUUACAGCCAAAGAGACAACAGCAGAAGAUGCUAUACAGAGACACGCUCAUCCUACACCAGCUAUUACAGAAGUGUUCACGAUCACUCUCGUUCUCGUUCGCAUAGUAGAAGGCGAAGCAGGGACCGUCAGGACAGAAGUCGUUCAAGGAGCAGGUCUAGAAUCAACUCUUCCAAUCGUCAGGACAGAAGUCGCUCAAAGAGCAAUUCUAGAGUCGACUCUUCCAACCGUCAGAACAGAAGUCGCUCAAGAAGCAAUUCUAGAAUCAACUCUAGCUCCUCACGUCAGACAUCACGGCAUGAUGAACAUGGCAGGAAAAAGAAAUACAAAACAAAGCAUCAUGAGGAACGCUCAAGGAAAAGUUCUAGCAAACUCUUCACCGAAUCGGAUGAUGCAAAAAAGAAAAAAAAGAAGCAUCACAAAAAGUUAAAGAGGAAAAGCAGGAGUCCCAGCAGAGAGGAUAAAUCUGAGGGUCACAGUCGGAAACAUCACAAGAAGAAGAAAAAACACAAGAGGAAGAGCAGGAGACAUAAUAGUGAUGAGAGGGUGGAAAAAAGCAGCCCUGUUCUCAUUACAAUUACUAGUGACUGUGACAGUGACAGUGCUGACCCCAGUGAACCCUCAACUAGUAAUAUCUGUGCAUCUGGCUCCAUUGUCACAAUAGCAAAUAAUGCUACAGAAACUCAGCCGCUAAUUUCUGGAUUCGUAGACAUGAAGCAAGAGUCCACUACUGAAACUGAAUGUAGUUCUGCGGGUGAUGCAGGAAAUCAACCCAGACAGACAGAUUAAUGCCAAUGCCUUUGUGAGUUUGUAUGUUUGGUUUAACUCAACUCCUCAAUUUGUGGUAAAUAAUAAUUGACAAAGGACUAUUGUUGCAAUGCCCACAUGUAUUUUUAGUAUUUUAUAAAUAGAGAAGGGAUGAGUUUUAAAUGUGAUUUUGAUUUGGUGGGGGGUUUCCUUUUUUUUCUUUAAAACACUUGUAAAGAUAUAUGUACAGUACAUGUACAUUUGCAUUUGUGACUUUGAAAAUGUGAUUUUGAAAAUUUAAAACUCCCCUAUGCAAGCGAGUUAACGGUCACCAUUUUUCAAAGUUCAGUGUUUCUUUUGUAUUUGGCUGUCUCAAAUAAACCGAAAAGUGUGUUUAUUUACUGAA